AUGUCAUCAGGAUUCAAAGUUGAAACAAUUAAAGAAGGAAACGGUCAAAGACCAAAGGCUGGACAACGCGUAACUGUUCACUAUACAGGUACAUUAACAAAUGGAAAGAAAUUCGAUUCAUCACGUGAUCGUAAUCGACCAUUCGAGUUUACACUUGGACGAGGUGAAGUUAUCAAAGGAUGGGAUCAAGGUGUUGCUCAAAUGUCAAAAGGUGAACGUGCUACGCUGACAUGUCCACCAGAUUAUGCUUAUGGUUCCGAUGGUGUCGGUGAUGGAUUAAUUCCAGGCAAUUCAACAUUGAUUUUCGACGUUGAAUUACUUGAUUUCAAAUGA